UAAGGCGUUCUUCUGUCGUUGUCGUCUGUCGGUCCAGGAGUAGCAAUGGCGGACUUCUCGUUUCUGCAUGUUCUGUCUCUAAUCUUUCUCUCCACAUGCAGCGCAGUGCCCCAUUUUCACCAUGGUCACCAAGUAGGGACGAUCACGAGCCACUCGAUCCUCGAAGCGUCCGGAUUGGCCGCCAGCCGUAUCCAUAGCAACGUCCUGUAUACUCAUAACGAUUCUGGUGGUUCUCCGAAGAUUUUCGCUAUUGAUAAAAACAGCGGUCAACGUCUAGCAACAUUCUACAUAGAAGGCGCCCACAGUCAUGACUGGGAAGACAUUGCUGCCGGACCUUGCCCCAAUGGCGGCCACUGUAUCUACGUGGGAGACACAGGCGGUAACGCCGGAAACUACGAAGCCAAUUACAUCUACAGGGUACAGGAGCCUUCCUCUAUCUACGACCAUAACCUCCGCGUGGAUUCCAUCCUUCAUUUCAAAUGGGACCAAAGAGACUGUGAGACGUUGAUGGUUGCCCCUGACGCUGAACUCUACCUCGUCUCAAAAACGUCCCACUCACACGAUAGCAAGGUAUUCCACGUGCCAAAGUCCGCGUGGGGAAACUCCAAUCCCGUUUAUGUGUCUAGCAACACUCACAUAGCGUUCUACUCUCAAUCGCCCAGUCCCGUGGGUGGGGAUAUCUCCCCCGACGGCAACGAAAUACUACUUAAGACCUACGGUCACGUGUAUUACUUUAGCGUCCAAAACCAUGAUUACAUCGGGGCACUAGGAACCAACCCCACUGCGCUUCCAUAUACUGGUGAGAGGCAGGGCGAGUCGGUUUGCUGGGACGCCCAAGGAAGUGGCUACUACACGACCAGCGAGGGUGCAAACUCGCCUCUUUAUUAUUACGCGAGAUACCCGUAAUACCGCACAACACGGUUUCACUAACAAAACCUUGACUGUAAAACUAACAACACACAUACAGACUUGUGUGAGUAUAAAUUGUAAAUCGUUAGAAUAAAUUCUAUUUUGAAUCAAAA